UUCCGCGUAAGGCGCGGAUCUUAACCUAGUAUUAAUAUUGUUACUUCUCCUUUCGUUCCCUUUGCUGUUUUCUAAAAAGCCAUAGGAGAGUUUUUAUUCUCUCCUAAAGGUAUCCACGUCUAUCACUUUUCUGUUUGGUGGGACCUACAGAAUUAGUCAUUUUUUGUUGGUUUGAAAGUGCAAAAGACCCAUUAUUGAUGGGCCUGAUUCAAGAGCCCAUUAGAUAACAAAACUGAUAUGUUAAUCUACAAACUUAACUUCUCCUUUUGUUUCCUCUGCUGUUUUUCUAAAAAGCCAAUUGCAUAUUCUUGGCUCAACGCAUUCCUACACUUUGAAAACGAUUAUUGAAAUCACAUGACAAAUCCUCUUCCUCUUCAACUUCCAAUAUCUCUCUCUCUAUACAUGACGAAAUGAAGCCUCUGAGGAGACAUUGGAGAAGGAAAAUCAUCGGGUCAAUCGUCUCUUCCGUUAAGACAUCCGUCCCGUUACAUAAAGGAUCGUUCUCAGAAUAACAAAGUAAGAUGAGUGGUAGUGGAGUUAAGAGUUUCUGGAACCACAAAGACACCUGCAGAUUUCCUCAAACCCAUCUGUGAGACCGUUGUGGUGAAACUCAUUAUGGAGUAGAGUGAUGUGAAUUUGAAUGCGCUGCAGUUUACGCCACAGAGAGCGCUAACUACAGUGUCGUCUUCCUUAUUCUGAGUUGGUGGAAGAUAAACGGAGAGUGGUGUUGUUGGUGACCGAGCGGUGAGCUUAUCAGCCGCAACUGGUUCUUCCAAAUUACAAGCUUGUGAACCAGUAAGAAUCACCUUUGUCUGAGCUCACGAUCAACUCAAAACAAAUAAUUACAAACCUCACGAUAAUGCUGGAGAAAAUGUUCAUGUUGCCAUGGCCGUCAGUUCCACCAUUUACAACAAAUCCUUGAGGUAAAUAAGGUGAAGGUGGUGGUUGAGAUUGUGGUCUGUAUACAGCUCUACUGUACUAGACUGUGGAGUUCCUCUGCACUGGAGAAUUUGUCAGUACUGAAACUACUACAUCUCCUGCUCAAAAUGCUAUUGAAAGCUUCAGCAUGGAUCCUCAUCAUUCACAUGUGCAUACUGCCAUAACGACAACACAGUUGGAGUUCUCAGGUACUGUGUCCAUUUCUAUGGGUCAGAUAGGACAAAUUUCGCUGGGUUUGUGGCAUUUGAUGGAGAGAUGACUAAGCUAAACAACUUACGUGCAGCAGAAGUUGCUCAAUUAAUGGAUCCAGGUUUGGAGAACCCCGACCAAAGACCCCUCCCACAAUGCUUAAAGGAUUUGGUUGGCACCACUAUAACUUCACAUUUAAAGCUGUCCCCAUUCAACUUUUCCUCAAAGCAGCAGUCCUUCACAAUAUCAAGGAUCAUUGAUCGCAAUCAACGUUCACCACUCCCAAAAUUUGCUGGAAACGGAGCUGAUGAUAACACUGGAGAUGAUAUGCUUGGAGCUGCUAAAACUACGCUCUCCACUGAUGUCACCAAGGAUGGCGCUGGUGAGCGUAAUAGUGUUGAAGUCCAAGCUGACAGUGCAGACCUUCACGAGGAGAGCAUAGAAGUCGUCUAGACGAACAAAUCUGGAAAAAAAUAUUGAUUUCAUAGUUUCAACUAGUGAAAUAACUUGUUUAACAAAUAUAAGUCUUCUCCAAACAACCAGAAUCUCAAACAAAAGUGACUCACCAAGAAUCGUAAGUUUCCAUGGCUCUAUGACCCAUACAAAUUUUAGAAUCAAAGUUUUGGGUUUUUUGAGAUGAAUAUGGAGAGAAAGUGAAAGAGAGAUGUUGUUUUUAGUUCAUAAGAAUUGAGAAAGAAGAAGUGUAAAUUGAUUUGAGGUGCAUUAAGAGCUUCAAAUUAUUUGUUCAUGGUGGUUGGUGUAUUGAUGGCCAUGACAAUCUUGUAAAUAUUUGAAGAUGGUGAGGUUGAGAGAGUAAAAAUGUCAUUUUCGAAAAAAAACUAAUGACAUUUUCGUAAAUAAUGUGAAUUUAUGGGGUGAAUAAGACAAAAAAAAAAUCCAAAAAACAUAUGUUAGUUUUAAGUCUGACUUCAUGUUUUGAGUCAAUUUUGCAAAUAACCCAAUAAACCCUUGAUUGUAUAGAUUGUAGACGAGUGUCUGAUUUAAAAUUAAUUGGUAAUAAAUAUAUAAAUUUAUGAGGAUGGUUGGAGAAAGCUGUUAGUAUUAUAGACAACUUUAAUUCUCUCCACAUCACUAAAUUAAAAGCAGUCAAGCUUUGGUUAAUUUUUUAAAUUUCACAGUUUUUGUGGCUGUGGAGAGCUAAUUUUUAGAGUAUUCUUUCAACUGCUUUGAAAAAUGUUUUUUCUCCUUUUUGUAAAACAUAUAUGCUUCAUUUCUUCUAUAGUAAUACGUUUCACUAACAUACAUAUAAUACUAUAUUUCUUACAUAUAUAAUCCACAAAAAUGUUACAAAUAUUAUUAAAAUAUGUAUAUAUAUAUAUGUGUAUAUAAAUUAAAAAUUUCACAUACAUAUGUAAAUAAAAAUUACAUAUAUUAAUUUACAUCAUAAUCAAUUUGUAAUUUCUACAAUAAAUUAUUAACUUCUAAAUUUUAUUUUAAUUUUCAAAUAUUACUAUUUUAAUGUUAAAGGCCAAUCAUGCUUUCUUUGAAAAAUCUUUAACUAAAAUCUUACAACUACAUCACAAAAUCAUACCGUAUAAAUUCUAUAUCAAAAAUAUAAAUCUACAGCUGCAACCAAUCAUACUAUAUCUUUCUUACAUAUUGUUUAAGAUCUUUUUCAAUUUUUGAUGUAAGACACUGUUCUUCUCCACAUCUAAAACAGAUUGGAAUUGUUUUGUUCAUCAAUUUGAUUUUGGUAUUAAAAGACUUUGGCAUGGCGUCUUUCGUUUGGCAUAAUUAGCCAUUAAUAUUUUGGCUAAACUUCAAUUAUAUAUCUUCACAUAAAAAAACUAAAGUCGGCCGAAUGAUUAAACUAUAUAUCUAUAUAACAGUUAGUUCAAUUAUAUAUGUUUACAAAAUAGUGCGAGAAAAAGCUGCUAUUUUAUUAGUCACAGUUGACUUCUUCAUAUUUUAAUAACAUGAUUACAUUAAUAAAAAGUACCAAGUUAUUAGAACCAUAAUGAAGAAAAAGACAAAAAUAAGUUUAAAGAAUAACAAAAGUUAUUAGAAUGAACAAGAAGAGAAAGUGGUACGUCCAAAAGUAGACCUCUCUCUGAUAUGGCCCAAUGAAAGAGAUUCGUAUGUUCUAAAUCGGUUUCUUUACAAUUAGAUUGUAUAUAACUUGUAUUACAAGCCCUUCACAUGAGCCGAGACAAAAGGUUGUGAUGAAAUCCCAUGUCAAGUCCAUUGUAAGCCAAUGGUGCGUACAUCCAUAGCUCAUCGGAGCUCAACAACAACAUUUUGUACAUAUAUGCAUUUUGGUUAGUACAAACUUACAACAUAUACAUAGAUGUUAAAGACUCUAACAAAAACACAAACCGAAAAAAAAAUUGUGCAUACCUUGAUUUGAAGCUGCAAGAACUUCACGUAAUGGACCGCUUCUUCAAGCAUCGUGCUUAUAUCGACUUUUGUCCCAUUCGGUACAAGGUUUUGUUGUGUCUUGAGCCUUUCGUUAAUCUUCUUUCUUCGUUUCUGAAAAAAGUAAAUUGAACUACUUAUUAAAAGUUCCUUGAAACCUUGUAAUGGGACAGUUUAGUUAUUCUCAAUUGGUUUUGAAAUAAAAAUUUUGAAUUGUUCAAAAGUUAUCUUACCAGAGCAUAAAGGCUUUGAGGAUCAGUAGCUGUCCCUUUCGUGGCUCUUGUUUUGCCUUUAGCACUUGUGACGGAAGCCUUUUCAUCGUCUGAACUGUUGCUUUGGCUCUGACCAUCUCUCCAAUUAGUGUUGCUUUCAUCGACUGUAUUGCUUUCCUGGUUUACCCUCUGCUUUUUCUUGGCUUUGACAAGCUCCUAUAUCACGUUAAUGAUGUUGUAUUUGGUUUAUUGCAAAGCAAUCAUGAAUAAAAAGAGCAUUAUAUACAUUAUUGAUCGUGCACUUACUUGUCUUGUGACGUCACAGUUAGAGUUACGGUUGUGUGGAUUCUCUACGUGAAGUUGUUUCCUCUUAAGCGUUGCCGUUUCUUGGAAGUGAUUUUGAUCCCAAAAAUCAAGCAUGGUCGGAAGAUUCCCUCCCGCAUCACGCCAAGUGGGAACAUAUCAGGAAUCAAGAAAGCAUGUUGGUCAGAAGACACAAAACGUUGUUCUGAUGAUGGUGACGAAGAUGGCCAUUGUAAAGGCUAGAGAGACUAAGCAUCUCAUCUUGCGGUUUCUCCUCCUUAGAUGAUGAACACUGAUCAAAGUUGAACAUCCCCAGGAGAGACUCCAAUUCACCAUCAACAAAAACAUCCAUCUCUCUAACCUUCAACACUUGUAUUCCUCCCUUCUUAUUCUUCUUGUUAGUUUGUUGUUAUAAUAGUUUUUGAUCUUGUGCAACUAUAUAUAGGUUGGAGAUUUUACUCGAUGAUUUGAGGAAGAUUUCGUGAUGAUAAGAGAAAUCAAGAGAUUCUUAAACUAAUUACAAUAAUUUGCGUAGAGAACAAGUCGUAAUAAAAUAAAAUAAUACAAAGCCAUGCAUGAUGAAGAACACGAUCAGUCAACUUGUGGGGUCGACAAUGAGAGCUGAGACCAGCUUUGUUCCUUCACGACACAUUACUAUAUUAUUUUGAUAUAACCCAUCUAUUCAAAUAUAUGUAUAAGAUCGUUAAGAGAUUAGUAUAAUAAUGUGACAGUUAACAUUGGCCACAUAAGAAAAGCGGUGAAUAAUAAAUAUAUAGCCACGCCAAUGCACGACUAAUGGAAUCAUUAUCGCAACUUGAACAACACCAUGAUAGGAUACAACGGUCGGGUUCACUACUAACUUCAUGAUAGGAUACAACGGUCGGGUUCAAGGUUACUUUAAAGGGAAGCGGGGCUUAAGGCAGGGUGAUCCUCUUUCUCCUUAUCUCUUUGUGGUAGCGAUGAACAUCCUCUCCGUUAUGCUGAACAAAGCCGCUGCGGACCUAAAGAUUAAGUAUCAUCACAAGUGCGCUACUUCCAAGCUCACCCACCUUUGCUUCGCUGACGACCUCCUUAUAUUCAUUGACGGUUCUAUAGAAUCAGUGCAGAAUGUCCUCCAGGUCCUUAAGGAGUUUGAGAUGCGGUCUGGGUUGGCGGUUAGUAUAGAGAAGUCCUCCUUCUUUGCCUCGGGCCUUACUCAACAAGAAUUAGAUGCCAUCAAAGUCUCCACUGGAAUGCAACAAGGAUCCCUCCCGGUUCGUUACUUAGGAGUCCCACUAAGUUCGAAAAAACUCUCCCUGGCUAACUGUGAGGUCCUCCUGCAUCAAAUAAAAGGAAAGAUGACUUCUUGGAGUGCAAAAACUCUAUCCUUUGCAGGACGACUGUUACUCAUUAAGACUGUCAUAGCGGGCAUUAAUAACUUUUGGUGCUCAACAUUCAUCCUUCCUAAAGAAUGCAUCCGGCGUAUCAACUCUAUAUGUGGUCACUUCCUGUGGCAAGGAAACUUAGAAGGAGUCCAUAACGCUAGGGUAUCUUGGGAGAUGGUUACUAAGACUAAGAAAGAGGGAGGAUUAGGCAUCAAAGAUUUGGGAAUUUGGAACAAGGCAUGUUGUUUAAAGCUCAUCUGGCUACUAUUCUUCCAAUCAGGUUCAGUUUGGGUCGCAUGGUACAGAAAUGAGGUGCUAAACAGGUGUAUUAACAACUUUUGGACAGCAAAGAUAAGCCCUACGAACUCAUGGCUGGAUAACAAACUCCUAAAGCUACGAGGAGAGGUGUUUACCUGGAUAAAAUUGCGUGUGGGAGAUGGGACUGAUUGUCGGUUUUGGACUGAUAAUUGGUCUCCGUUUGGCUCCCUACAGACAUAUCUCCUUAGAAAUUCGACGUCAAGGUUAGGCAUUCCAGCGACAGCUACUCUUUCAGAGAUCAAUGAGGAUGGAAACUGGCUGCUCCCUCCUGCUCGUUCAGAAGAACUUCUAAACCUCCAAGUUUAUCUUACUGAACUCACAUUAACUGCAGGAAAAGACCGUUAUGAAUGGGUGCUGGAAGAUAAACCUCUAACUAAGUUUGUGACUGGAGAUGUCUAUACUAAGCUGAAGGGGGAGACUCAAACAUUACCAUGGACAAAAUUGGUGUGGAUCAAAGGUGGUGUCCCUAAACAUAGUUUUCUCACUUGGCUCUUUGCUCUUGACCGAUGUCCAACUCGUGAUCGCCUCCUCCGAUGGGGCCUGCAAACAGACUCUACCUGUCUUCUCUGCAACAUGGCUGAUGAGUCUCGGGACCAUCUUUAUUUUCUGUGCCCUUUUGCGUGGAGUCUAUGGACAUUAGUGGCGCAAAGAUGUAGGCUUGUCUCCGACGGACGUUGGGAUCACUGCCUCACUCAACUACAAUCACUAUCAGGCAACAAAUAUGUGAGAAGGGUUACCUUGUUGGGAUGGUAAUCAACCGUUUAUUGGAUUUGGAGUGAAAGGAACAAUAGACUACAUCGAAACUCUUACCGCACGGUGGAUGCUCUGUUUCGUCUUCUCGACAGACAAAUUAGAGAUAAGUUUUUGAGUCAUCGUGAUCACAAUCCCCUUCUGGCGUCGAAACUUAUGCAAAUCUGGCUCCCAUCUGAUUGACUCUCUCUCUACGGACUGAUCGAAGUUGUUUCCACCAUCAACAUCCACAAUUGGGCCAUAAGUGUGGUUAUAUCUGAUCUUUAACUAUUGGGUUUGUUUUUAACUAUUAGAUUGUUUUUAUGGGGUUGUUUUCUAUUGGCUUUGGGCCGUUUAACUAUAGCCUUUGGGCUUGAAACUCUUUUGUAUUUUUUCUGCAAUUUCAAUAUGAAAGCCAUUAGUCAAAAAACUUGAACAACACCAAAGAAUAAGAAAAUAAAAGAAACUUAUUAAUCCAUGCCGUAUUAAACUUUAAAUUACGAAUUGUCCGAUAGGUCUCUCUUAGCUAAUUUCUUUUUCAGGAGAAAAUGCACCGUGAUAUAUCCGGCGUCUAUAACUUAUUUUGUUGAAGCUGUGAGCCUUUUUCUUCUGUUUUUUUGUUUGUCAAAGAUUUUUAUAUAAAUGAAUAAAAGUUAUUUGUAUGAAUAAUUCAAAUUUAUACUGUUUCUGCCUAGAAAUAUUUAUAAACUACAUUCUUGAAGAACUUCGUAUGGAUAAUGAUGUGUAUUGAUAAAGAAAUAUUUUAACUCCA